AUGAGAUUCAUCCAGCUCCUUGUCCUCGCCUUUGUUGUCUUUGGAGUUGCCCACGCCGACUCGUCUGGUAGGUAAAAUACAAAUCAUCAUGUGAUCAAAUAGCCAAUAUGCACGAUCUACGGAUGCAUUUACUGUAAUUUGCAGGCCAAUCUAAUGAAAAUCCCUUUGGAGGAAAUGAUGACAAUGGGGUUUACUCUCUUCCAGAAGGCCAAGGGUCCAAUGAAGGACCGGAAUCAAUCCAGGGAGUCAGAAGAAAGAGAGGUCCAAAAGCUGCACCUGUCGUCCGACAUCCCGUUCCCCACCACAGUGAAUCCGAGGAAGGGUCCGGAAAUGGAGUAAGAAGUUCAUCCAGUGAGGAAGGAAGCGGAUCUGAAGACUGUCAUAAUCACAAGCAUCAUCGCGGUCAUAGGCACGGUAAAGACGAACAAAGAAUCAGAGCUCCAGUAGCUGCACCUGUCGCACAACCCGCCCCCAGCCGCCACUCAUAA